UGCUUCUAACCCACUGGAAUUCUUGAUGAAUCUGGCUCGUCAGGGAGAUGUUGAUUACACAAAAUCUUACCAGCUAAUGGACACUCACCACACCAUUCCUACUGUGACUGGUUUACCUGUGACCCUCACUGCAAAGGGAACAGCUACCCUUGGACUCAAGAUGAAUGGAAACUUCAAGGCUCGUAGUCUCAAGAAUAUAAACAUUGAAGGACACCUCCAUCCUUCGGCCGCAGUUCAAAUUGAUGGCGUUAUGCUCGUCGAUGCCCACGUGUCUCGCACUGGACUGAAGAUGUCUUCCAACCUUCACACCUCCACAUUCCUUGAUGGCAAGCUUCAGAUCAAUGGUGGUAAACUAGUCGAUGUUGCCUUCAACACACCCAAGGACAAGAUGGAAGUUAUCAAUGUCAAGACCGAGUUCUUCUACCUGGAAGAUGAUCAAGAGAUCCGAAAGGAAGUUGCAAACCUCAUCCAAGAAGAGAGCUGCACUAGUGGAGUCAGUGGCGUUGCCUUGUGUGGUGAAUACAGCUACGCUCCUUGCUCGGAAUAUGGCCCAAGCUUCCCCUUCACAGGACCUUUUGCAACAAGUGUUCAUUUCAAGAAGACAAACACUCAGACUGGAUAUGUCCUGCGCUUCACUCACGAAGAUGAUCAGUUUGUUUUCUUGUUGACACACCAGGAUCACAAACAGAUCGUAAAGUCCUUCUUACUAUUACCAAGGCUGCUAAAGCAAUCAGCUUUGAUCUUCACACGCCAUUUAAAUCAGUCCAAGGUAGUGGCGAAUAUCUCUGGCAGAAGAAUAACAAGAACACUAAGCUGGCACUCGUUGUUGAUGAAAAUCAACAAUACAUGCUAGAGGCUGGUCUACGUACAAGCGGAAAAACAGUCAAGACACUUGUCCCAUCUUUCAUUCUCACUUCCCCUACUGGUCAAGUAUUGAAUGUACAAGGAAACUUCCAGGCCAACACGGAUGCUGCUAAAUAUGUUGCUGAUGUUACCAUCUCGGAGAUGACUGCAUCCCCCAUCAUUGUACACGCAUCGUUUGAGGGCGAAAGUAACUCUGUUGCCAUGAACGUUGAUCUGAAAACACCAAUCAUUGACACAUUGGUCAAGAGUGAGUUUGGUUAUGGUGAGAACUUCCUUUCAUCCAAGGUGGAAGCAGAGUACAGUAUUAUGAAAGAGGCCAAACAGACGGUCCACCAUUCUGCCCUUCUCAAGAAGGAAACCACAGAGGACCUCUCCAAGUACACCAUUGUCUUUGACGUCUCCC